AACUGCUUUGACCGCACCGUGUGCCGAGAGCAGUCGGCUAGUCUAGCAGCCAGCCACAUCCUGCCCGGUCAUCAGCUCCAUAAUGGCGACUCCAACGGCGCAGGUCAAGGCCGUCCUCUUCGAUAUGGACGGUCUCUUGAUAGACAGCGAAGGAGUCUAUACCCAGGUAGUCAAUGAUGUGCUCCGGCCCUAUGGUAAAGAACAGACUUGGGAGAUCAAGGCGCAUUUGAUGGGCAUGCCAGAACGCAACGCCGUCAAGACUCUCUUCCAGCAUCUCUGGCCACCCCGCCCCAACACUGACGAAGUAUGGUCGCCGGAAUGCCCUUUCGACAUUGAUUCUUUCCUGCAAGCCCGUAACAAGACGCUCGACGACGCAUUUUCAAAGGUAAAGCCGAUGCCUGGUGCCGAGCGGCUGGUCCGCCAUCUCGCAGCGCACGGCGUGCCGAUCUGCAUCGCCACAGGUAGCAAGCAGCGCAACUACAAGAUCAAGUCGAGCGCGAACCCCUCGCUUUUCGCGCCGUUCGAGGGGCGGGUCAUCUGCGGCGACGACCCGCGGCUGACGCGAGGCAAGCCGACACCGGACGUCUUCCUGCUCGCCGCCAGAGAAGGACUUAAAAAUGAUGGCUGGAAGGACCGUGUGCGUGAACCUGGGCCGCAAGCGGACGGGUCCCUCAAAGGUGGUGAAAGAGACAUCCUCGUGUUUGAGGAUGCAAAGCCUGGCGUUCAGGCAGGCUUGGCAGCUGGUAUGAAUGUCGUCUGGGUACCAGAUCCAAACCUCAAAGCUCUUUACUCUGGCAACGAUCUCGGGGCACACCAGACGCUCGAUUCGUUGCUCGAUUUCAAGCCAGAGGAAUGGGGCUUGCCUCCCUUUCCUUUGGCCAACUAGUUUAUUUUUCUUAUUCGCUCGAGGAUGUCUGCCGUGAAAGAAAAUGCGAAUCCGCAAUGCAAUG